AUGGAGACCUGGAAGAUCGACCCGGCGCUGGGCGCUUCUGCCACCUCGGACUCCUGGUGGUGGGAUUCUGCCGGGAACUCGAAGCAGCUGAGAGACCUUCGGAGCCAGGAGGAAAAGUAUCUACGUCUAAAUGCAGAACUUGAAGCAAAAACAGCUGAUCUGGUUCGUCAAGCAGAAGAAGCUAUAAGAGAUCAAAAUGAGAUACUGUCCAAAGUAGUUUCAUCUCCAGUUAAACCACAUGAAGAGAAAGAAGAUUAUACAAAAGUUCACUCGUCUUCUGAAGGAGCAGGUACCACAAAUAGUAAGCAACCAAAGAUCAGUAAAUCUGAUUCUGUGACUGAAAUUCAGAACAAGUCACAGUCUGGGAAUAAAGGAAAGAAAAAAACUUCAAGUAUAAAAUGUAAACGUGCUAAUAUACAGAAUGCCAAUGAUGUUGCUGUCCCAGAGGACUUCAAAAACUUUUCACUUACAAACACAAUUAAUAGAAUUGAAGGACAAUUAGAAGAAGGAGACUUACCUGAUGACAUAGAUGAUGAUAUUUUCCCUGGUCUCAGUGAAGACAUUGGAACAGAGGCCCAGAUCAGAUUUCUAAAGGCAAAACUCCGUGUUAUGCAGGAGGAAUUGGAUAGUCUUGUAUAUGAUUGCAAUAAAAAGGAGGAUGAAGUUAGAAAUUUAAAAGCCUCUCUUAAAGAUAUUAAUGAAGAUCGUGUUAGAAUGGAGCGAACAAUCAAUGUUCAACAGUCUCAGAUUGAAAAAUAUAAAACUCUUUCAGAGGAGGCAAACAAAAAAUGUGAUGGAUUUCAGCAACAGCUCACUGCAGUAGAAAAGGAAUUAGACAACAGAAAGAAACUACAAAAACAGGCUUCAUCUAGUCAAAGUGCCAUAGAAGUUCGCUUGAAUAGAGCUCUUGAAGAUGUAGAAAAGUAUAAACUGGAGUUAAGUAAAUUAAAGCAGAGUAACAAGGACUUAGAAAAUGAAGAACAAAAGAAAAUUGAAGAAUUAAAAACAGAAAACAAGAAGCUAGAAAAACAGAAAGGAGAGCUGAUGACAGGUUUCAAAAAACAGCUUAAAUUAAUUGAUAUUUUAAAAAGACAAAAGAUGCAUAUUGAAGCUGCUAAGAUGCUGUCUUUCACUGAAGAGGAAUUUAUGAAGGCACUUGAAUGGGGAAAUAAAUAA